AUGGACGUUGAACCCAUAGAGGGUGCAGCUGGGCAGGCUGAGGACAUUCAAGGAGCGGGCGCUGCAGCUCCAGAACUGGACACUGAGGGAGGUAACCCUAUUUCACAGCUUCAAUCACAGAUCCUUGAGCUGGGACGUAGACAUGAUCAAGUAGUGUCAGCUCUUGCUAACAUGACUAAUGUAAAUACUAGGUCCUAUGUGUAUAUACCAAGGGAGAGACAAAUUGUACCCUUUAGUGGGGACCUGAGUAAAGACAGCCAAAAUGUUGAUGAGUUCAUUGAGGAACUGGAGCGAGUUAUAAGAGUGAGAGGUUUGAAUACUGAGGAUCAGGUGGAUUUUAUCCUCUCACACUUAAGGGGUUCAGCUCUAGAUGAGGUUAAGCUGUGCAUGGGGGGGGAAGAUAAGUCACCUCAAGACCUGUUCUCUUUCUUGCGCGCCGCAUUCAGGGAAAAACGAAGCACUCCCCAAUUGUUACAUGCGUUUUACGCACGGAAACAAUUGGAUGGUGAGGAUUUUCGCGAUUACUCGCAUGCUUUAUCUUUGAUGUUAAGCGCUGCGCUUCAGCAGUCACCAAAUGCUGUUCCGAACAUGCAGUUGGCGUUAAGAGAUCAAUUUAUCGAGGGGGUGAGGGAUUUAGCCCUCCGUAGAGAACUGCGUAAGGUGGUUCGAGAGCGCCCCCGUGCUACGUUAUUUGACGUCCGUGAGGAGGCUUUGAUGUGGUGUUCAGAAGAGAGACCUCGUGGGGCUAAUGUUGCUAAAACUAGAAACUUAAUGGGGGUAGAAGAAAAUGUAGAACAUACAAAUGUGAGUAAUACUGUAACAAACGACCUGACUGUAGCCCUGCAAGAGGUAAUUAAGGUAAUCUCACAACAAGGGAAAGCAAUCGGAGAACUUACCAAUGCUGUCCGUGAUCUCACUACCCACAGGUCUGAUCCAAGUUCUGAGAAACCCAGUAGGCGCCAGUUUAAGCCAAGCUCCACCCGAGUCCUCACCCCAGGGAAACGAGGCACCUUCAUCGCGAAGAGCCGAGCGAUGAGGGGUGGCACUGAUGGCUCAAAGAGUGGCACGCUGACUAAAGAGCGGUUCCUAGAGCGUGCAGUGGGCAAAUGCCCAGAAGUAGAAAUUUACAUUGGGAGGGUAGCUGUCAGGUGCCUUUUGGACACUGGUAGUAAUGUAAGCACUUUAACUGAGAGUUUCUUUAAAGAGCAUCUUCAUGGGGAAGAUACAGACAUACAUUGUACCACCAAGUGGUUAAAAAUCACUGCUGCUAAUAGGUUGCCACUUCCUUACCUUGGGUAUGUUGAACUUGAUAUCCAAGUAAUGGGGUUGACUGUACCUGGGUGUGGGUUUUUGGUGAUACGUGACCACGAUGAUGUGGAGACUGACACAGCACCUCCAGGCAUACUCGGCAUGAAUAUAGCACAACGCUGUAAACAACUGAUUUUGGCUGAAUUUGACAAUGCCUUGGAGGGUACCUUGGAUAAUGACUGGAGGGCUGCUUUUAGCAGAGUGCAGGAAGCUACCUUAGGGGAGGCAAACCGUAUGGUCCGAGUGGCAGGUACAUGUAAGUCCUAUGUGCCCGCAGCCUCGGUGGCAACAAUUCAAGCUAGAAUACCGAGAGAACUGAUGGGAAACAGGGACAUAGGUUUGUUUGAGCCAGGAAAUACGCCAUUGCCGGGUGGCCUGAUUUUGGUUCCUACCUUAGUGUCGCCUGGCAGUCGUGUAUUCCCUGUGCAGGUAGUAAACUUGUCACCAGAGGAUGUGUGGUUACCAACUAAACUAAAACUCGGGGUACUUACCCAGGGUCAUCACAUUGACAGUAGCUCCUGUGAGGUUAAGUUCCAGCGGAUCUCUGCUGAUCAUGAGGAGGUUAUAGUUAGCCAGAGGUCACUGACAGGGGUUGAGCCUGGCUUGCAGUGUCCUCUAGAGAAAGUGCAGAUAGGCGGUACCCCCACACAACAGGCAGAGCUAAAGGCACUUCUGAUAGAAUAUCUGGAUGUGUUCGCAGUAUGCGAUGAUGAUCUUGGCUAUACUGAGAAUGUCACACAUGAGAUUCCUGUAAGUGAUGAUGUUCCUGUCUCGCAGCCUUACCGAAGAAUACCACCGAACCAAUUGGAAGAGGUAAAAGAGCACAUCUCAGGACUUCUAAAAAGGGGUGUCAUCCGAGAAAGCUCCAGUUCGUAUGCCUCCCCGGUGGUAUUGGUUCGUAAAGCUGAUGGGAAUCUGCGAUUAUGCGUCGAUUACAGGAAAUUAAACUCCAAAACUAGACGCGACGCGUUUCCGUUGCCGCGGAUAGAUGAGAGUUUAGAUGCUUUAAGUAAAGCUAAGGUGUUUUCCUCCAUUGACUUAGCCAGUGGCUACCACCAGGUGGCAAUGCAUGAAAAGGACAGGCACAAAACUGCUUUCAUUACACCAUUUGGCCUCUAUGAGUACCAACGGAUGCCGUUUGGCCUUUGUAAUGCGCCAGCGACAUUCCAGCGGCUCAUGCAGGCCAUAAUGAGUGACUUGGUCUUUCAAAUGGUACUUGUCUAUCUGGAUGAUUUGCUGGUGUAUUCCAGUACAUUUGAAGGGCAUUUGGUGAGACUAGAGACUGUGCUUCAAAGAUUGAGACAGGCUGGGCUGAAAGUUAAGGUGGAAAAGUGCCACUUCUUGCAGCCUGAGGUAAAGUUUUUGGGUCAUGUUGUGUCUGCCCAAGGGGUGUCCACCGAUCCUGAGAAAGUGGACGCAGUAAGGCAGUGGCCAGUCCCUAACACUCUGAAAGAGCUGCGAUCCUUUUUAGGAUUCUGCAGCUAUUAUCGUCGGUUCAUCGAGGGGUUCUCCAAGGUGGCGGGUCCGCUUCAUGAUGUGGUAAACAUUUGUGUACGCCAGGGCAGGGUUGCUCAGGCCAAUAAGUUGUUCAAGGACUCCUGGACGACGGAAUGCCAACAAGCCUUUGACCAUCUCAAGGAGAAACUUACCUGUGCUCCAACGCUGGGCUACGCAGAUUUUACUCUACCUUUCAUUCUUGAGACGGAUGCGAGUAACCUGGGGUUGGGCGCUGUGUUAUACCAGCAGCAGGAGGGGAGAAAAACUGUCAUAGCUUAUGCAAGCCGGAGGUUAAGGGGUGCAGAGCGAAAUGACAGAAACUACAGCAGUAUGAAGCUGGAGCUUCUGGCACUCAAAUGGGCAGUAGUGGAGAAAUUCAGGAGUUACCUGCUCGGAUCCAAGUUUACCAUACUGACCGAUAAUAAUCCCCUCUGCCACCUCAACACGGCCAAAUUGGGUGCCAUUGAACAGAGAUGGGCUGCACAGCUUGCUGUAUUUGAUUUUAAGGUGCAGUAUCGUCCUGGGCGGUGUAACACAGCAGCCGAUGCCCUCUCCCGACGACCAGGACUAGACGGGGAAGUGGAGACUGACGAUUCAGAGUAUGAUGGCUGUGUAGCUCUUUGCAAUGGGCUGCGGACAGGAGCAGUUGUGGGGCCUGACCUGGCAGAACUAGUGGUGGGGCCUAGCCAGGAAAGAACAGGACAACUACAUGCCGCCAUAGAGGAUGAAGGUACUGGAGAGGAAUACCCUCUAGAGAAUACCCCAACGUUACCUGGAUACACGAAGGAUGAGCUUCGUCAGUUUCAAGAGGCAGAUCCAACCAUCAGCGUGUUUAAGAGUUUCUGGGAUAUGAAGAGGAAACCCGCAAAACCUGAGAGAAUGGGCUUGUCCAGACCAGUUCGAUUAUUGCUCAAGCAGUGGGACAAGGUCCAAGAAAAAGAAGGACUCUUGUACAGAAUUGUUGAUGAGGUGUCCAGUGGGGAAUGCCAUCAGCUGCUGCUCCCUGCAUGUCUAGUUGAGCUGGUGCUGCGCAGUGUCCAUGAUGAAAUGGGACACCAGGGAGUAGAGAGAACACUAAGUCUUCUCAGACAACGCUGCUAUUGGGUGGGAAUGUAUGAUGCUGUAGAUAAAUGGGUGAAGCAGUGCCAGAGGUGUGUGUUAUCUAAAAUGCCACAGCCCAAAAUUCAGGCCCCUUGGACCCCCUUCUUAGCUUCUCAUCCAUUAGAAGUUGUCGCAAUGGAUUUUACCACAUUGGAGCCUGCAUCUGACGGCCGAGAAAAUGUCCUGGUGUUAACCGAUGUAUUCACGAAGUUCAGCCAGGCAUUUCCUACCCGCGAUCAGAAGGCGGACACGACCGCUAAGGUCCUUCUGAGGGAAUGGUUCCUAAAGUAUGGCGUGCCACAGCGCCUCCAUUCAGACCAGGGGCGCAAUUUCGAGAGUGCGGUUAUUGCAGAGCUCUGUAAAUUAUAUGGGGUAAGAAAGUCCCGCACUACGCCUCAUCACCCUCAGGGGAAUGCACAGUGCGAGACGUUUAACCGAACGCUGCACGACCUCUUGCGUUCAUUACCGCCUGACAAGAAACGAAAGUGGCCGGAAUACUUACCAGAACUGGUCUACGCCUAUAAUGUGACCCCCCAUUCCUCUACAGGCCACUCUCCUUAUUACAUGCUGUUUGGGAGGCAGCCGCACUUACCAGUGGACGCGUUGUUAGGUCAGGAGCCAGUGAGAGAGAAGGAGCCUACCUGGUUGACUGUUCACAGAGACCGUCUCCAGGAUGCGCACUCUAGGGCACGAGACUAUGCGGAAAGGAAGGCAGCAGAACGGGUUGCAAGGCAUGAAAAAGGGGUAUUUUGUCCAGAGGUAUCAGUUGGUCAGCAAGUGUACUUACGACAUCGUCCCCCAGGACGGAACAAGAUCCAGGAUGCCUGGGCACCCGAACCCUAUCAGGUGGUGGAAGUGCAGGGUACAACCUACAUGGUGGAGCCUGUGGGAGGAGGUCCUGCGAAGAGGGUGCAUAGGUCUAAUAUCAGGCCCUGUCCGAGGGCAGUUCCAGUCCCAAAACCAAGAAGCAGAGUUACACCAACAGAAGUACCUACCUCUGAGAUGGAAAGAGAAGUGCCUUCGCUGGAUGUAGAAUGUGUGCUUGUGGAGGAGACUAGACAACCUGGAAGGAACCCAAUGGACCCAGUUAUUGAGGAAUCACAAGAACCAAAUAUGGAACCAGAGAAUGAGACUGCAGCUGUAAUGGAGGAAGCACAAGAAAGUUAUGAUGAUGAUAUACAGUUGGGCAAUGAGGCAAAUAAUGUCAGGGAAUUUUCCCAUCAAGAAACAGAAAGAGCUGGUUUACCUUUAAAUGUGGUGGUAACUAGGCCAGUUCCAGUGCCCAGGAAGCAAAGAGCUGCACGCAGUCAGGAGGAUGCACCAAGUCCUUUGCCACGUAGAAGCCAACGGUCUACGGCUGGUUUUCAUAGUAAUCCGAACAGGUUGCCAAAGCCCACUUGUAGUGCUUUGUCUGUCAGUCCUGAUGUUCUUUCCCAGGUUUUAGCUGGUAUUGUUUUGUACACAUCUGGGAAACUCCAGGAAUAGAGAUAAGUUUUAGCAGUCACCGCGGACGAUGACUGUAAGCAGGGGAGAGUAUGACCGGGUAAAAUAAUUUAAUUGCACUUUAAUAAAACAAAGCAUGUGAUAAACCAUUAAUUUAAUGCACUUAAAACAGCGUUCUUGCUUGUGUGAAUAAAUAAUGAGCAGUAAUGUGCUUUAAUAAAAAAAGUGUUGUGGCCCCUUUAAGAGUGCACGAGUAUACGAUGAGCACGUGAGCUUGAGCGCAGAACGCAAGAGACUAGGAAGUAAACAGAGCUCCAUGCGAUUGGUCAGUGGAUGGCUUCGUGUUGUUGGUUUGUGCUGUGUUUUGAUCUCCUCGAGCGAGCGGUUUUCGUCACGUUGUUUGUGCUGGUUGGAGAUUUCUCAUAUUGAGCGUAAGUGCUGUAUUAUGAUACUGAGUGAUAAAUUAUGACUGUAAUGCAGCUAAUGUUCAAUAAAGUGUUGUAAUAAGGGUUUGGAAACUCUCUCUCUUUGUUGUAUUAGAGGGGAGAGGUUAAAUGUGAGUUCACACGCAAAGCUGUAUGUCACGUGAGCUAAAGGAGACUGUUGCAAAGUAAGUUUUGUUUAUUAAUUUCUUUACUGAUGUGUCUUUGAUUUCAUAAAAUGUAAUGGAUGCGUGUUGAAUGUUUAUAAUUGCUAUUCAUGUGAUAAUUGUGUUUUUGUUAUGAUUGGGGUUAAAAUACUAAAUGUUGCUUAUGUUAUUAUGUAAUGUAAGUGAUGAGUGAAUUCUAAUUGGCCCUAUUUGUAUCUUUUUGUAUUUUUAUUAUCUUUCAGAGCACAGUUGGGCCACUACCGUUGUUUGCUUAGGUGAAAAAUAGUGUUUUCUUGUGUAACUAAGGGGCUUGUUUGCAUUACAGAGUAUUACAGCCAAAGAAACAAUUUCAUUUUUUUUAUUUUCUUUUAUUUCUAUGUUAUGCCAAUUGAAGUAACUUUUGUUAUUUCAGUGUUAUGUUAUUUUUGUCCACUUUAAAAAUUGUCAAAACCAACACUAAAAGAAAGCAAGAAAAUAUUUAAUGCUGCACUCCUUUUGAGUGUGGUCAGGAAUAAAAGAACCCCAGUUUAAUGUUAAGCCACUGUUUUGGUUUCCUUUAUUUUAAACAAAGGUACUCUUAACCCGGCUACAUAUAUA